AUGAAUACCGCAAUUUUAGUAAUUAUAAUCAUACUCAUAAGCAGAUUGGAUUGCUCCAUCAUCAUAAAAGACAACUCUUUUCAUGCAGAAGCCGAACGUGGAGUAUUUCUUAGAAAACUGCAAAGUUCUAUUCGUAGUGGUCUAGAAGAAGGUAUGCAGUCUCUAACCUGGAGUGAAAUAUUAGCCGGUGUGUUGGUGAAUAGAAUGAAGAUAUUUUUGUUUCAAAAACCUACUGUGGUGAAUGUAAUUCAACAAGUAAAUACAUAUCAAACGGAAAACAUUAGUUUUAUCACCAAAUUUUGUGGUAAAGUCUUAAAUGUAUACAAAAGGUACAUAUAUAAUAACAUUUUUAGUAGCACAUUUGAGGAUACAACGGUUACAACUACAAGUGAAAGUAGUACAUAUAAUAUUGACGUUCAACUAAAUGAAGCAGAAAGACCUAAGGAUCCAAAGGAAGAUUUUGAAAUCGUAACUAUUAAUCCAGAUGUUGAAAUUAUUGGGCCAGAAUAUCAUGGAAAACUUUGCGAGGGCUGUAAGGAAGACGCUAAUGCACAAGAUGAUUCCAAAACCUUCAAGGAAGACUGUCCAAUGGGUUUAAAGAGAGAUGCCAAAGGAAACUGUGAGGAUCCAAAAUCUUCAAAUUUUAUUUUAUCUGUACCGUAUCAGUGUCCAAUUGGUUAUAGAGCGGAUUGGUUUGGAUAUUGUCGAAUAAGUUUCUAA